AUGGACAUUAUACAAGGGCUGAUCCAGCCGCCAAAGGUUCAGUCUGCUGAUGAGACGAUCCCGACGCUGUGUGAUAGAGUGGAGAACUCUACGCUUCUGAGCGACAGAAGGUCCGCAGUGCUCGCAUUGAAGUCGUUCAGCAGACAGUACAGGGAGACCGUGAUCGCGUCAGGACUGAAACCUCUGCUGAACACCAUGAGCAGGGACAAUAUUGACGACGACUUGGUCAAGGCCGUGCUUGAGACGUUGCUGAUCCUGUUCAUUCGAGGUGACGGAGACGACGACUUGACGAGAAACUGGAUAUCGUUGCACUCAAGGGCGCGCAACGGUAAAUACCCUUCGCCAUUGGUCAUGAAACAGGAGGAGGAACAAGUCGAUCAGUUUUCACUGUGGAUUGCAGACGCAUUGACGCAAUCAGAGGACUUGUUGAAACUGAUCAUAGAACUCCUGGAGUCUGAGAAUUUUCACAUCAAGCUGUACACAAUCCAAUUGCUGGAAGCUGUUCUUGUGGCUAGACCUUCCAGGGCCAGAAACGCCAUGAUAAACUCCCCAACUUGCAUAUCUACACUUGUGGCAUUACUUGACGAUAUACACGAACCCAUAAGAGACGAAUCAAUUCUACUUUUGAUGGCUGUGGUUAAUGAUUCGCCACAUAUACAAAAACUAGUGGCUUUUGAAAACAUCUUCGAAAGAUUAUUCAAUAUUAUACAAGAAGAAGGUGGUCUUAGAGGAUCAUUAGUAGUAAAUGAUUGUUUAUCCCUAAUCAAUAACAUUCUGAAGUACAAUAUCUCAAACCAAACUUUAUUCUUAGAGACAGGCAAUUUACCAAAACUUGCGCUGUUGUUAAACGAACCUAUAUCAGAAAAGGAAGAAUUCUUUUGGAACGAUCAGCGUAUCAAUAAUGUGAAGACCGUUUUAGAUAUAGUCAGCCUCACAGUGGAAGCAGGAACUACUGUAGUGAAACAACAUCAAGCCGCCUUACUUGAUUCCCACAUUUUAUUGGUCGUAUUGAGAAUAGCUUUCUUCCACACUAUCCCAAAAAAGGUUCGUGCUACAGCUUUGAUGGUAGCAGCCGAUAUGAUUAAAGACAAUGAAUACGCACAAACUGAAUUUGGAAACAUUGAUGUUCCUUAUUUUGACCCAUCACUGGCAAGUGAUACACAAUUUGAUAAUAGCCACUUAGUUCCAGUGGUUGAAUUAUUAAUCAACUGGGCCUUAUAUGCAAAUUCGAUACACACAUUUGACACAAGGGUUGCUGCAAGCAAUCUUUUAAAAGCUUAUCUAUCCAAUAACUUAGGACUUCAGAAACAGUUCUUAGAAAGACAAAUUUCUGCAUUCAAAGAAAUUGAAAAAGGCAGUAAAGUUGAUGGUUUAAAGGCCAACCUGCUGGAAGCCAUAUUAAUUUACGAUGCGGAUUUGAAAUUAAAUCCAUACAAACUUUACUUCUCUACUGAUAUUCUCAUGUAUCUAUUCGAGCACGACAACGAAGGCAAUGCCGAACUUAGAGAGCUAUUAAGAUCAAUCAAACUCGGUACAGCGAUUGAAGACGAGGAACCAUUGACUUCAAUUCAGACAAUAACAGAAAUCGUUAUUACAUUUUUAUCAUGUGAAGAUAAAAGAGUGCCAAUAUUUUAUCUUUCGUUCCUAGCAUAUUGGCUGUUUGCAGACUUUUCUGCCGUAAAUGAUUUCCUUUCUGCAAAGGAAAACAUUCAUUCUUUACUGGACUUCUCACAUCAAAUAGAAGACGAAGAUGUUACUGUAAAAUGUUUAAUUACUAUAUUGCUAGGUAUAGCAUUCGAGUUUUCAUCUAAAUCAUCUCCAAUCCCUAGAUUGGAAUAUUUUGAUAUUGUAUCAAACUCUAUUGGUAGAGACAAUUACACAUCCAGAGUCAAACAAUUCAAAGAAAAAUCAUUGUUUUCAAAAUCUCAAAUUGAAAUCGAUAUGUUUAAUCCUCCGUUAGACGAUACAGGCCUUCCAAAAAUCUAUUUCAAUGAGUAUUUCACAAUUUUAUUCAAAGAAAACUUCUAUAGAAUACUCAGAUGUUUCUAUCAUGAUCCUACCGAUGAGCCAAUUGCAAUCGUUUCCUUUGAAGCUUUCGAAGAAGUCCAAAACCAAUGCACUUCCUUGAAGUCUCAUCUUUCAGAGUUGGAAAUACAGUCGAGUGAAAAACGUUCCCAGUUGGAGAAACAGAUAAAGUCGCUAACCUCCAAUUUUGAGGCCAGUGAACAGCUAAAGAAAGAGUUGGAAGACAAAUUAAGCACCAUCUCGGAGAAACAACAAACACUAGAAUCUGAAUACGAGGAGAAAAAGAAAGAACUUGCCGAAAUCACAGCGAAUAACACCAGCUUGGAACAACUUAAUACACAAAAAGAAAAACUAACUGAAGAGUUGAAGAAGCAGUUAGCUGACACCAAAGAGAAGCUUACACAAAUGGAGAAGCAAGUUAAAGAACUGUCAGAACAUAAGGAAAAAAACGAACAAGGCAUCAAUAAGAUGAAUCGAGAUCUGUUUUCCUUACAGAGGGAAAAACAGAAGCUGGAAGAAGAUAACAAACAAUCGAAGAAAGAUCUAGAAAAGACGAAGAAUGAUUUUACUAAACAGGAAACAAAGUUGAAAGAUCAAAUCAAGGCAAAAGAAAUACUGAUCAAAGAAACAACUGAAAAAUUGAAUGAGGCUACUACCCAAUCCAAGGAAUAUCAUGAUAAAAUUCAAAAUAUAACUUCUGAAAUGAAUGAAUGGCAAGCUAAAUAUAAGAGUCAUGAUACAUUUGUUGCAAAGUUAACUGAAAAACUAAAAGCUCUGGCAACAAGUUUCAAAGAAUUGCAAGCGGAGAGAGAUACUAUCAAGUCUGAACUUGAAAAAAUAACUCAAGAAAGAGAUACAAAUAUCGCCGCUAUUACUUCCGAGAAGAAAUCUUUGGAAGAACUUUACAAAAACAUGGAAUCCGAGAAAGAUGGCUUGCUUAAAAAAAUCACAGAACUGGAAACCGGUAUAGAAUCUGAUAAUAAGAAAUUUGAAGAUGAAAAGUCAGCACUUGAGUCUGAAACCAAAAGGCUAACUUUAGAGAUCGCGGAAUUUAAAUCCAAUGCUGAGAAGUUGGAUACUGAAAGAGAGAGAUUACAAACCUUGACAGAAUCUUACAAAGAAAAACUUAAUGAAGCUAAUUCCUCUAUCGACGAGAAAAAUAAAGACUUGAACAACAUUCAACAACAAAUUGAGGGAUCUCAAUCAGAAAUAUCUACUUUGAAAGCUGAGAUUACUCAGUUAAAAACAUCUUUGAAUGAAGAGAAAUCCACUAGGAAGGCAUUGGAAAAACUAAAGGAGGAAAAUGAAACCUAUAUCCAAAGUGCACAGGAUGAGUUACUUCAGUUACAAAAAGAGGUAGACCUCCUGAAAUCUGAAAACAAAGAUGCCCUUGACAAUAAUUCUUCUCUGAAACAGAAAUACGACGAACUUGUAAAGGAAUUGGAAUUGAAAAAUCUAGAGUCAAAACAAUUAAGUGAUAAUUCAUUAAAUUUGAAUUCUAAAAUUGAGCAACUAGAAGGUGAUAUUAAAUCAAAAUAUAACACAAUUAAAGAACUAGAGGAGAAAUUAUCAACUUCCUUGCAAGAACGGGAAGAGAACAUUGCUAAUAUUGCAGAUAUAGAAUUGAAAUUAAAUAGUAAAGAAGAACAAUACACUGAGCAAACCAAUAAAUUGGAAGAAUUAAGGAUUUCAUUCGAAAAGAAACAAAGCGAAUGCAAGGAAUUGGAAAGUAAAUUAAAGUCUUCUAACGAUGAUCUACAAGAGAAAAAUAGGCUUACAAAGGAACUACAAAAAAAUCUCGAUUCUCUCAUGAAAGAUAAAGAAAAAACUGAAGGUUCACUACAAUCCUUAUUAGAGGAUAAAAAACAAGAAGAAAAAAAAUAUAAAGAAGAGAUAGAUCAACUAGGUAAGGAAAAUGAGGAUAUUACAAAACAAAAUAAAGAGUUAAAUUUGAGACUAGAAGACUAUAGCGCUAAAAUUGACGCAAAGGAUGAAGAAUUGAAACUUGCAAAUGAUGCAGUGGCUUCUACCAAAAAGAAAAUGUUGAAGUUAGAAGAAAAGAUAAAAGAUUUAGAAGACACGCAGCAUAUUUUCAAAGAUUCUGAAAACUCUCUAAAAUCUGAACUCGAAAAGACUGCGUUAGAAAUGAAUGAACUAAGAAGCGAUAAUGAUAACAUAAUAAAACUUAAGAACGAGUUACAACGUACUAAUGAUAAAUUGAUUGAAGAAAAUAAGAGAACGGAAGAGAAGUUGAGAUCAGAAGUUGCUAAGCUCAAAGAUGAAUUGAAAACAAAAUCUGAUACUUUUGAAAAGGAGAGAAAGCUGAUGAACGAGGAUUCAUCAACAAUAAUCAAGGAAUACUCCGAAAAAAUUUCAUCCUUGGAAGAAAAAGUAGAAACCAUCAAGUCUGAAUAUGAUAAAGAGAUUAAUAUUCUUGAGGAUAAGAAAGAAGUUCUUGAAUCUGAACUCUCCGAUAAAAAGCAAGAAAUUAUCGAUUAUAAUCAGAAAAUUAAAGAGCAAGAAACUAAAGCCACUGAAAAAGAAAAAGAGAUCCAGGUAGCCAAAAAUGCUCUUAAGAAUGCUGAGAAAAAAAAGAAGGACAUUGAAAAUGAUUUGCGUACCACAAUUGCCACUGUGGAAAAAGAAAAUACCACUUUAAAGAGAGAAAACCAACUAAAAUCAGAGUCAAUAGAUAAACAUCAGAACAAUAUUCAUCUAUUACAAGAAGAGUUGAGCAAGCAAAAGGAACUUGCAGAUAAAAAACAUGACGAAAUUAGAAAACUAGAAAAAGAGAAUAGCAAAAUGAUUGACAGAAUUGAUAAACUUGAAAAACAAAAAGCAGAUACGAAUGAGAAAAUAGCCAAUAUUGAGAAGGAAAACUCAAGUUUGAUAUCGGAGAGGAAAACACUAGUAGAAAAGGUCGAAAAUUUCCAAGAUGAAAUCACUAACUUGAAAUCAAGCCUAGAAAAGAAUGACUCCUUGAGUUCUUCUCAUGAUGAACUGAAGGAUAAGUUCAAUGAGCUGGAAACAGAAUUGAAAAGGAAUCUAACGGAGCUAAACAAACUAGAGUCAGAAAACAAGCAAUUGAGCGAUAAGGUUAUCGAACAUGAAGAAAAAGUAUCCAUGGUCGAGAAAGAACUGUCUACUGCUCAAAAAACUCUGAAAGAAAGAGAAGAUGUUAUAAAUAAAUUGAAAGACUCAAACAAUGAGCUAAAUAAAACAAUCGACAAACAUGGCGCAACUGAGAAGCACUACGAGGAAAGUAUAACCAAGAAAGACUCCGAUAUAGCUCAAUUGAAAAAGAAAAUCAAAGACAUAGAAGAUAAAUUGUCCAACAUUUUAGAAGAAAAAGCAAAGGCAGCUAUGUUAAUGACACAACUUGAGAAAGACAAAACUGACCUUAAAAACAGUGAAAGUGAAUUAAAACAGGAAUUGGAGCAUUAUAGGUCCAAAUACAGUAGUCUAGAAAGUAAAUUAAAGUCUACGGAAGAGGCUAAGAAACAUGUGGAAGAAGAAUCUAGAGAACAACACCAAUCGAUGUCCUUGGAUUUAAAAGCCACCAAAGAUAAAUUAAAAUCUGCCGAGAUUUCUAUCUCAGAAAUGGAUGCAAUCAAGAAACAGGUAGAACUGCUAACUAAGGAGAAUGUUGACCUAAAGUCAAAAUCGAAUAAAGCUGACAAUUCAGCGAAAUUAAAAUCUGAAUUAGAUGAACUCAAGAAAGAAAACGAAAAACUACAACUGAAGGUUAAUGACAGAUCUGAACUUGAUGACUUGAUGCUGCUUGUUACGGAAUUGGACGAAAAAAACAGUAAAUACAGAGAAAAACUUAGCGAACUUGGUGUUGAACUAUCAUCUGAUGAAGAGGAUGAUGACGAUGACGAUGACGAUGACGAUGACGAUGACGACGACGAACAUUAG